AUGGAGGCGUGUCUGGGGGAGGGGCUUCCUGCUCCCACCGAGCUGGAGGAGGCGCUGAGGAACGGAGUCCUCCUCGCCAAACUGGGUCAUCGAUUCGCUCCAAAAGCCGUCCCUGUGAAGAAGAUCUACGACCCCGAGCAGCUCCGCUACAAGGCGAUGGGUCUUCAGUUCCGACACACUGACAACAUCAACCACUGGAGGAACGCCAUGACGACACUCGGACUACCAGCUAUCUUCCAACCAGAAACCACAGACGUCUACGACAAGAAGAACAUGCCGAGAGCUGUCUACUGCAUCCACGCACUCAG